UGGCAAUCCAACAUGGCGGUGUAUGUGUAAACAAAAACCUGACGACGGCGAAGUACCUGUGUUUGUCUGUAUACGUAGCGGGUAAUGUGUCGGAUUGUAGGUCAUGAUUGUUGAUGACAACUGUCACAUUGAAUUAUUAAGCAAAUCAUGGCAGCUCCAUCACUAUCCCGGGUAUUUGUCGAUAGGGACGUGGAGACGCACUUGGUGACGGCUAGUGAACGGGGAGAAGUUGGUACGGUACAGAAAAUGAUGAGGUUGAAAGUCAAUCCGAACGUAAAGGAUAGCACCGGGAUGUAUGCAAUAACAAAGGCGGCGGCAGGUGGCCACGCAGAAAUCGUCAAGUUGCUAAUAGAGGCUGGUGCCGAUGUGAAUGUGCUGGUGGGGUCUCUGGUCACACCACUCCAUCUGGCUGCCAAGGGUAACCAUGUGGACGCGGUGAAAUACUUGGUGUUGGCCAAGGCAAAUCUGGACGCACAGACGGUGGCGGGGGUGCGCCCGAUCGACCUGGCUCGUUACUCCUCAGAGGCGUGGGACGUCAUCCGUGACGCCAGGAAAGGCGAAAUGCCAGAGGUAGAGGAAAUCAGCGAGGUUCCGGAAGUCCCGGAAUGGGCACUUCCGGAUGGUGCUUCAAAGAAAAAGAAAUCGGGGAAGGGAAAGAAAGGAAAGAAAGGGAAGAAGGGAGGAAAGAAAGGUGGAAAGAAAGGAGGAAAGAAAAAGAAAAAAUGAUACAAACACUUAAGUUACUUUUCAGAAUAGAUAUGGGCAAAAUCAUACGUCUGUUAAAAAAGUGACUUGCAGGUCAUCAAGAAACGAAAACCCAUACACUUGACAAGACCAAAACUUCAGAUAAAUGAUCAGUGACGUUGCAACUGAUAUUAAAGCCUAGCCUGUAUUGACUUGUGACGCUGGGUAGGUUUAGUAUACUACUGCAUGGGUUACCUCCAACCUACAUAGUACACAGUGAUUGGUUCAGGUUUAUACCUAUGGGUCAUAUGUUUAUAGUUAUGUUUGUUCAUUUUCCAUAGUUCUAUCAUUUAGUUGUCACUGCAAUACCCUAUAUAAUUAAAUUGUUACAAAUUGUAACUAUUGUUUGGAUUUUUGUUUCCUCUCAAAUAACAGUUCCACAAAUAAGUAGGUAGCACGAAAAACGAUGAUGAAGUGAGGCCUGAAAAAAGACAAGAACCGUCUCAAACAAUAAUACUCUGUAUGACUUACUCCCAUGCCAAUACAUUUGUAUUCUCACAUUGAAAUAAAUGUUACU